UCGAGAUUGGAGCGCGCGGAAAACACUAACGACAGCGGCGGCCACCACCAUGUGACGGUGGGGCUGCCGCUCCACUCCGACAAUAUCUACUUUAUUAGAACCGUAACUGUAGCUACCGCAGAGAGAAAAACUGCCUCCAAUUACUAUAUUCCACCUACUGACAAUUCAAUACUCUCUCUCUCACUCUCUGCGGCUUUACUUCCUACAGUACCACACUUUUACUUUAUUGUUUCCUCACUUUCUCUUAUUCUUUUCCCCUGCUUCCCUCUCGAUUACUCCUUUCUCUCUCACACUCUAACACGCACUUGCUUUUAUGCUCCACAUCAUGCCGGCGUCGAAAUUGUGCCGUUGAAGCAGUGGACUGACUCACUUGCUUCACAUUUUCCCCAACUUUGAGCUCGCGAUCCGUAAUUUUUGUGUGUGUGAAAUGGCUGACAGCGUCGCUUCUCGGUCGGAUGACGAGUUCGAGGAGCUACAGUCGCGCCGUUUCGACGACUGUUACAGCCUGAGCGCCGACGUCAGCGAGUCGGAGAGUUCGACGUCGAGCGCCGCCACGUUCUCCUCCGAUCACAGGCCGGAGCUGGCUUGCAAUUCGGAGUGUUUGACGCCGCCGGCGAUCAUGCUGCCGGUUGUGGGGGGUAGACACGUCGUCUAUCCAGCGGAGAAGCGGGAAACGGAUAAGCCUGAGCCGCCUGAACUUUCUGAGGCUGAGUUGAUGAAGGAACGGUUUGCAAAGUUGUUGCUUGGUGAGGACAUGUCUGGUGGAGGGAAGGGAGUAAGUACUGCUCUGGCAAUCUCCAAUGCAAUCACUAAUCUUGCUGCUAGUGUAUUUGGAGAGCUCUGGAAGUUGGAACCGCUGGCUCCACAGAGGAAAUUAAUGUGGCAGCGAGAGAUGGAGUGGCUUUUGUGUGUUAGUGACGCCAUUGUUGAGCUUGUUCCAUCUGUUCAAGAAUUCCCAGGUGGUGGGAGCUUUGAGAUUAUGGUGACUCAACAAAGAUCCGACUUAUAUGUGAACCUUCCAGCGCUCAAGAAACUAGAUGGGCUGUUGAUUAGCAUCUUAGAUAGGUUUCGUGACACUGAGUUUUACUAUGUUGAUCGAGGUAUCAUUGUUGCUGAUGGUGAACACAUUAAAGCAUAUCAAAGCUCACCAUCUUCCACGAGGCCUUCCAUAACACUUGAGGAAAAGUGGUGGUUGCCUUUCCCAAAGGUUCCAGCAAAUGGCUUGUCGGAUGAAUCGAGAAUGAUUUUGCAACAGUGCAAGGAGUGCACGCAGCAAAUCUUCAAAGCUGCUCUGGCAAUCAAUAGCAGUGUGCUUUUAGAUAUGGAAGUGCCACAAGUUUACUUUGACACCUUGCCUAAGAGUGAGAAGGCUUGUUUAGGCGAUGUCCUCUACCGUUACAUAACUGCAGACCAGUUCUCCCCAGACUGUCUUCUUGAUUAUCUGGAUCUUUCAUCAGAAUAUAGUACUUUGGAAAUAGCAAAUAGGCUUGAGACUGCCGUUCACUUUUGGAGGCUGAAAUACCAGAAGAAGAAGAAGCUAAACCAUGCGAAAACAAGCCUAUUCUGGGGAAGCACGGUGAAGGGCCUCGUAGGUGAUGCUGAAAAGAGUAAACUCUUUGCUCAUCGAGCUGAUACGCUGCUCAAGAACUUAAAGCUGCACUUCCCUGGCCUCCCACAGACAUCUCUUGACAUGAGCAAGAUUCAGUAUAACAAGGAUGUUGGGCAGUCGAUUCUCGAAAGCUACUCGAGGGUGCUGGAAAGCUUAGCCUUCAACUUAUUGGCAAGGAUUGACGAUCUUCUGUACGUAGACGAUGCCACCAGGCGACGCUCAAUGGCAGAGUCGCUCUCCAUGCUCAGCCGCAGAGGUUCAGUGGGUGCUCAUCAUGAUCUGUAUAACCAAAACUCUCUCACUUCAUUCUCAAACCAAAGCUCCUUCUCAUCAUCAUCACUCAUAGGAUCUCCCUUCCGUUACUCGAUCCCAGUAACUCAGCGGCCCAGUAGACUACGCCGUUCAGUUAGCCAUCCUGCCUCUGUCAAUCCAAACGGCAUAGCAGUAGAGAAUCUGAGCCUGUGACUACGCGAUGCUUCAGAAAAAUGACCAUUCAUUAAAGGUGGCCUAAUCGAAGGAGGGGCUCGACAGUGAAGCAGACCGCGUUUGUUGCAUCGGACAUAUGCAAGGAGAGUAGAAGAGUUUGUGAUUCACAGGUUUGCAAAGAUUUAUAUGUGCCAUAAUUAAUCGCUCUUGCACCUGUAUGUAUAGUAGUUCUUGCAGCACUAGGCAGAUUUAUUGUAACAACACUAACAAUAUUUCACCUUUAUCUACUUGCUUAUGCCAAAUCUGUCGUCUCUUGGUUUU